ACUGGGGUGCCAGCAGAGCUGCUGCCACAAGCCAUGCCUGCUGCCGCCCGCACUGCCACCGCAAUGCUCCUCUCUGGCAUCCUGUUUCUGAAUCUGCUUUCUGAAAGCCUGGCUCACCGAGACCCCCUGCACGGGGGGACCCCACACCUCCACAGGACCCCACGCUGCUAUUCGGCUGAGGAGCUGCCCCAAGGCCAGGUGCCCCCACACCUGCUGGCUCGAAGUGCCAGGUGGGAGCAGGCCCUGCCUGUGGCCCUGGUGCCCAGCCUGGAGGCAGCCGGCCCCAAGGGGCCACAGCAGGGGCCCCCAGCCGGGUCACGGUGCCCCACGUUGAGCCCCGAGCAGGUGCUGCAGGCGGACACCCACGAGCGCUCCAUCUCGCCCUGGAGAUACCGGGUCGACACCGACGAGGACCGUUACCCGCAGAAGCUGGCGGUGGCCGAGUGCCUGUGCCGUGGCUGCAUCAAUACCCGGACCGGCCAGGAGACGGCCGCACUCAACUCCGUGGCCCUGCACCAGAGCCUGCUGGUGCUGCGCCGCCGGCCCUGCUCCCGCCACGGCACGGGCGCCCCCUCACCCGGGGCCUUCACCUUCCACACGGAGUUCAUCCGUGUGCCCGUGGGCUGUACCUGCGUCCUACCCAGGUCAGCCCAGUGAUGCGGGCCAGAGCUGCUGAGGACAUGGCCCCGAAUGCCUCCUAUUUAUGUCUAUUUAUUGCUAUUUAUUGCCUGGGUGGCCCUUGCUGCACACUGUGACCAUGCCGUCCCCGUGCCCCAGGGCUGGAGACGGGCUGCAAGGGGCUCUCAAGUGUCUUAAAGCAAUGCAGGAAAGCUGCCGCCAGCGUCUCUACCUGGACCCUGGGGCCUGGAGCUCCACCUCCCCUCAGCUGCUGGCGGGGUUGGGGGGAACCUGCUUUCUCACAGUCACUUAUUUAACCCAUGAGCUGUGCUGUUAAAACACAAGGCCCUGGACCCGUGUGAUGGUGCACACCUGUGACCCCAGCAUUUGGGAAGCUGAGGCAGGAGGACUGC